GUCACUAAAUGUCACCAUGUGCAAUGUUUGAAAAUAGUAAAUUUCAGUGCUAAGCCCAUUUCAUUUUUUAUUUUUACCAUUACCACCUGCCAUUCCCAACUGUUAACUAUUCACAAUAUCCUAACAAGAAACUCUUUAACCUACUAAAGAACAUGCCCAAAGAACCUAUUCACAUACAUGAAGCCCAAAAGCAGAGAAAAAAGAUCAAAGAAAAACUCUCGAAAUAUGUUCCCGGUAAAGUUACCUUGCAGGUACUUGGUACAGGAGCACAAGGUGCUCCCAGAGCUUUGUAUAUGUUUUCAGAUCAAAGCAGGUAAAGUACUCUCCAGAUACAAGUUUUAUUGAUUUAAGUAUACUUUAACACGCUUUUAGAUAUUUGUUUAAUUGCGGAGAAGGGACUCAAAGACUGGCUCAUGAACACAAAAUGAAGUUAGCUAAGUUGGAGCAUAUUUUUGUUACCCAACCAGUGUGGAACAAUAUUGGUGGUUUGCCUGGUAUUGCCUUAACAAUACAAGAUGUUGGGGUCCCUGAGAUAACACUGCAUGGACCCCCAGGACUGAAUGAAGUUUUUUACGCCACAAAACGUUUCGUUGUCUUAAGAGACUUAAAAAUCCAUAUGGCUGAAUGCACCGAAGAAACUGGAUUCGAAGAUAACGUUUUGUCGGUGAAGUAUGUCCCUCUUGUCAGGAACGCAAAUAAAAUUGACGAAUAUUCGACAGAAAGCUCAGAAGAAGAAUUUGAGUCUAACGUGAAAGACAGUGAGGUAGAAGCGGUAGCAGACCAGGUAUGUAUAUGGCCGGAAUUUACAGUUAAAAUUCUUAAUAAAUCCAUUUUUAAGGCUGACGCUUCUACAUCCACCAGAAGCGAAAGAAGUAGAAAGAAACGACGGCAUUCUAAGGAUUCGAAGAAUAAUUCUAGAUCAAGUUCUAUAGAUGCGUAUGAAGAUAACACUGACUAUUACGCUCAUGAACGUAAGAUAUUCGGGAAAUUUAAGAAUAACAAACGAAAUCGAUCCCAAUCCCGUUCCUCAAGUCUUGAAAGUGGUACUCGUGUAUGUAACAGUGCAACGCCACAACCUCAUCCGAUGCUUGAAAGUACUAAAGAACAAGGAAUCUCUAUGGCUUAUGUUUGCAAAUUACAACCGAGACCGGGAGCAUUGUGUUUAGAAAAGUGUGUUCAAAUGGGAAUAAAACCAGGACCCGUGUUCGGCAAACUCAAAGCUGGAGAAGACGUGACUCUACCGAACGGUACUAUUGUCCGAUCAGCAGACGUUUGCGAACCCGACGAUCCGGGUGUCGUAUUUCUUGUCAUCGAUUGCCCCACUGUUAACUAUUUAGAUUCGUUAGAAAACAGUCAAAUUAUCACAAAUCAUCAAAAGUACAACAAGGACGAGACUCAAAUCGCUAGUUUAAUUGUACAUUUUACACCAAAGAACGUAGUGGAGAAUCCCAGGUAUAAAGCUUGGAUGGAACAUUUUCCCGCCAGUACCACACACUUAAUGUUGAACGAAUAUAACACUUGUAUGGGAAGCGAAGCCGUUCAUAGGAUUCAGUACAAACUGAAUUUGUUAUCGGACGAUAUUUUCCCGCUGUUAGGAGAAAAGGGGACUUUGAUACCAAAAGGGGAAGUCGAGGGUGCAAGUGAAAGAAAGAAACAAAAAAUGGAAGAUCUUGUAGAGGAUUUAGAAAAUAAUUUAAAUACGGCCAAAUUGUCAGAGAGUCCCUCGUUGUACAUUACUCCAGACACGUUUUGUGCCUAUCAUUUAAGACCCAAAAAAGGUUUAGACAGGAAUUUGGAACUACGACUCAAUCCUACGGAAUAUUUAGAAGAAACGUAUAACGUUGCCGAUUUUAAAACUGUUUUAGAAACUCUCAAAUCCAAUUUGAGUUUCAAAACGGUGUCUAGAGAUGAAUUUCCGAAGAUUUUAUUUUUGGGAACCGGAUCUUGUAUACCGAACAAAACGAGAAACACCAGUGGCAUAUUACUAGCUCUUAAUGAAAACCAGAACAUUAUAAUGGACUGUGGUGAGGGAACCUAUGGUCAAAUAAUACGUUUCUUCGGACCAGAACUAUCUUCGAAAGUCCUAGCCAAUAUCGAUGCUAUUUACGUUUCACAUUUGCACGCCGAUCAUCACAUAGGACUUAUAGGAUUGCUGCAGGGACGAAAAAGAGCGAUUCGACAAUUGAAAAUGAAGAAAAGCCCAGUUGUUUUGUUCGCGCCCAAACAAAUUAUGGCGUGGCUCAAUUUCUACGACAAAUGUUUUGAAAAUAUUCGGCCCGAAUUUGAGUUGUUCGCAAAUGGUGAUUUGGAUAUUGACAGUUCUGUGUUAACAAAUCAAAACAAAAUUAGUAUAUUAUCCAAGCUUAAUUUACAAGAUAUAAAUACUUGUUUGGUUAAACAUUGUCCGAAUGCUUUCGGAGUGUCUUUGACAUGUAAAAAUGGCAUUAAAAUCACGUACUCUGGAGAUACGAUGCCUUCUGAAAACCUUGUACAGUUGGGUCUCAACAGUGACAUUCUCAUCCACGAAGCAACAAUGGAAGACGAACUAGUCCAAGAAGCCGUGAUUAAAAUGCACUCCACAACAUCACAAGCCAUAGAAAUCGGUAACAAAAUGCUCGCCAAGAACAUAAUUCUUACACAUUUUAGCCAACGUUACGCAAAAUUGCCGAGGUUUAACGACAAUUUCAGUAGCAACGUUGGCAUUGCUUUCGAUAAUAUGCAAGUUUCUUUAUCAGAUUUGUCCCUCAUUCCAGAAUUAUAUCCAGCUCUAAUGCUUAUGUUCGCAGAGCAUUACGAAGAAUUGGAAAAUAAAGCAGUGAAAAGACAGUUAAGGCUCGAGAGAGAAAAAGAGAAGAAAACGACUGAUAACUUAAAGCGGAAACAGGUCACGACGUAGAAUUUUCGUUUCUUCGUUAUCUUUGUUGUAAAUAAUUGUUUAUAGGUUUUAAAUAAAUUUAAUAAAUAAUUUUUUACUCGUU